AUGGCCGUGCUCAGAGUGUCUUCAUACCGCAAGCUGUUCAAGGACAAUAGCUGGAGUCGAAAUGGAGGGUUGAGUAUGCGGUGUGCAGGGCAGUACCGGGCCUCUGCCAGGGGUGCGGCCGUUGACAAGUGUGACUGUGACUGUGACACGUUAGACUUUGUAGCUGCAAAGGCACUCAACAAGGAGGGUCGGAAUCGGUUUGUCCAGGACCGCAACAUCAUAGCUGCACUUAAUGACCGACUGGUCGGGCUUAUUGAACUGGCCCGUUGUUUUGAGGAGGAGAAUGAGUCUCUUGACUGUCAGAUUGUUGAACUUGAGAACGAGCUGAACAGUCGACAGGCCUCCUCCAGCAUCACCUCCGCUGUGGCCGAGCCCGACUACAGUCUGGAUGCAGUGGUGGAAAGACUGCGCAGGGAGAGGGAUGAGAUUCUGUGCGACACCGAAGACCUGUGGAAGGAGCUUGAACGUCUGAUGAAAGAAUACGAGAAGGCAGCACAGCAGAGGAUCCCCCUCCAGCAUGGACGACGAGAUGUUGCUGAGGAUGUCGAUGCUGUGACAGCAGAGUGUUUGGCGCUGAGGGAGCAAGUGACUAUCUACGAGGAGCAGCUGGCCAACAUGGAGGACCAGCACACGAAGGCCGUGGAGCGUCUGCUGGAUCCAGCUGAAGGGACGACGGGAGCGAUGGCAGCGACUGCAUUUAGCAGCCCUGACAUCACAGCGGCCCUGAACGUGAAGGAGUACUACUGCCAGCUGGCUGAGAGCCUCCAGUGCGAUUGUGGUGCAGCCUCAUCUGCUGUGAGUCGCCGUGGUGAUGGAAAACAACUGGAAGAGGAAGGAGCUGGAGGGUCAACAGUCAGAGAUGUGUCAAAGAUAAAGGACAUCAGUGAGAUGAAGAUGCUGAUUUCAGAGCUACAAAAGGAGCUGGCUGAGCUUGAGCUGUAUAACGAGAAGCUAGAGGACGAGGUUGAGAUGAAGACGCAUGCACACAUGGACGAGGUUGCUGAGUUGGAGUGUACUACAGAUGAAAUGCGGCACCAAGAGGCCGACUUCAAAGUGCAGAUGAAGGAGCAGUGUGAAGACUACAAGGAGCUGCUCAGUGAGAAGAUGGCCAGAGACAUUGAAAUUGCUGCCUACAGGAGUCUGGUUGAGGAAGAGGAGGAGAGGCUGUGCGACCUGUGACGUGACGUGACAUCGGACAGUCAGCCUGGCAGGCGGGACACUCCCCCUCACAUUGAUUAGAAAACAGACCAAAGAGAAAUGAGGAAAAACACACUGGCACCAGCACUAGGAUGAAGCUUAAGGUUCCAAUGCAGCAAUUUAAGCAGAACUUAUCAUGACAGAUUAAUGCCGUCUGGAUGUCUAAAGCUGGCCAUUGAUAACAGGUCUCUGGCAGAUGACCCCGAGACUCCAAGAAAGAUGGAGCUGUCUCAAAGAGGUGGGAGGAUGGGGGCUGUGCGAUGAGUGUGUAUCCAUUCAGUGUCUGGCAGGGGUAUUUCCUUAAGUGGGUUUAUCUUUACCAGCUAACUGAUGCAUUUCGUAAAUGGUUUGUCCCUUCUUUGUUGGACGAGUCCCACACACAGAAACGCAGAUACAGACACACGCAAGUUAAACUGUGCGGCUCUGAAGUCAUUCCACCCCUGAUACCACCUCAUCCAUCACUCAAACUUUGUCUGAUUACCUGCUCUUAACCCUUGACCCCAUCACUGUUAUAUAUAUUGACAGCUCUCCUUUUGGUUACUAAAAGCAUCUCACCUUCCCUUUUGCUUUUACAGUCAUGCAUUCAUGUUCUGUUUUUAUAUAUGACUGACCGUCAGAUUUGCAGUGCACUGUUUGCUUUUCAAAUGGUUCAUGAAGUUGUUGUUUUUUCUGCGGCUCUUACAAAAUGAACACCUGGAUGUUUCUACAAGAAACGACUGUGUGAUUCAUUAUUGCUCCUAUGAAAAGCAAUCUCCCAAUUUACUGUUACUGAAAUAAGCAUUU